CCAAUGAGCGGGCCGGGGGCGGGCCGUUCUGGACGCCGUGCGCUGAUCUUGUGGUUGAAGGAACCAGCUCUGAGGAAGGGUCUGGAGUGCGGGCGGGAGGGCGCCUGUCAGGGUCCCAGGGAGUGGCAGCCCCCAGGUGGCUGCCGAGCCCGGAGCCGAAGCCGGAGCCGGGCCUCCGCGCCGCGCCAUGGCGCCCACCCUGGCCACUGCCCAUCGGCGCCGCUGGUGGAUGGCCUGCACAGCCGUGGUGGAAAACCUCCUCUUCUCGGCAGUCCUCCUGGGCUGGGGCUCGCUGCUCAUCAUGCUCAAGUCGGAGGGCUUUUACUCGUACCUGUGUACUGAGCCAGAGACUGUCACCAACGGCACAGUGGGGGGCACAGCGGAGCCGCAGCAGGAGCACGAGGAGAUAACCUGGAUGAAUGGCUGGCUCACCUGCAAGGCCCAGGAUGAGAUGCUAAACUUGGCCUUCACCGUAGGCUCCUUCCUGCUCAGUGCCAUCACCCUGCCUCUGGGCAUCGUCAUGGACAAAUAUGGCCCAAGGAAGCUCAGGCUACUGGGCAGUGCCUGCUUUGCUGUCUCCUGCUUGCUGAUUGCAUAUGGAGCGAGUAACCCAAACUCUCUCUCUGUGCUCAUCUUCGUUUCCCUGGCUCUGAAUGGCUUUGGUGGGAUGUGCAUGACUUUCACCUCAUUAACACUACCCAACAUGUUUGGCGACCUUCGGUCCACGUUUAUUGCCUUGAUGAUUGGAUCCUAUGCCUCCUCAGCAGUCACCUUCCCGGGAAUCAAGGUCAUCUACGACUUUGGUGUCUCCUUCAUCAUCAUCCUCGUGGUCUGGGCCAGCUGCUCUGGAUUGGUUUUCCUCAACUGCUUCUUUAACUGGCCCCUGGAGCCUUUCCCAGGGCCGGAGGACAUGGACUACUCGGUGAAGAUCAAGUUCAGCUGGCUGGGCUUUGACCACAAGAUCACAGGGAAGCAGUUCUACAAGCAGGUGACCACGGUGGGGCGCCGCCUCAGCGUGGGCAGCUCCAUGAGGAGCACCAAGGAGCAGGCAGCCCUGCAGGAGGGCCAUAAGCUGUGCCUGUCCACCAUUGACCUGGAGGUGAAGUGCAAGCCAGACGCUGCAGCGGCCCCCUCCUUUAUGCACAGCGUGUUCAGCCCCAUCCUGCUGCUCAGCCUCCUCACCAUGUGCAUCACACAGCUGCGGCUCAUCUUCUACAUGGGCGCCAUGAACAACAUCCUCAAGUUCCUGGUCAACGGCGACCAGGACGUAGUCGGCCUCUACACGUCCAUCUUCGGCGUGCUCCAGCUUCUCUGCCUACUGACAGCCCCUGUCAUUGGCUACAUCAUGGACUGGAGGCUGAAGGAGUGUGAAGAUGCCUCCGAGGAGCCUGAGGAGAAAGAUGCCAACCAAGGCGAGGAGAAGAAGAAGAAGCGAGACCGGCAGAUCCAGAAAGUCACCAAUGCCAUGCGGGCCUUCGCCUUCACGAACCUGCUGCUCGUGGGCUUUGGGGUGACCUGCCUCAUUCCCAACCUGCCUCUACAGAUCCUGUCCUUCAUCCUGCACACGAUUGUGCGAGGAUUCAUCCACUCUGCUGUCGGGGGUCUGUACGCAGCUGUGUACCCCUCCACCCAGUUUGGCAGCCUCACAGGACUGCAGUCACUGGUCAGUGCGCUCUUCGCCCUCCUGCAGCAGCCCCUGUUUCUGGCCAUGAUGGGUCCCCUCCAAGGAGACCCCCUCUGGGUGAACGUGGGGCUGCUCGGCCUGAGCAUGCUGGGGUUCUGCCUCCCCCUCUACCUCAUCUGCUACCGGCGCCAGCUGGAGAGGCAGCUACAGCAGAAGAGGGAGGACGACAAGCUUUUCCUCAAGCUGAAUGGCUCCUCCAACCAGGAGGCUUUCGUGUAGCGCCCACCACCUCGGAACUGUGGCCUCCUGCCCUUGCUUCAGUGACUCACCAGUGUCCUUCUUCCCAUCCCAGAGGACCUCCGUGCACCCUCAGGAUCCUCUCCUUCACAUUUUGGAGCCCAUGCUCCCUCCCAGGGCCCUGGUCCUGCCUCGGAGCUGCGCAGUGGAAGGACGGGAGAGGGCCCGGAUGUGCGCUUUUCCUACUGCUAGAAGCAAGGGCUCCCGUGGGCUUUGCUCUGCCACCCUCGAGGGGCCCUGGGGCCUUGAGGCUCCGUGGUGCCUGCAGGGGGAGCAAGGAGGACCCCCCCCAGCAGGCAGGCUCUCUCCCUUAAGUGUCUGGAUUCUGCCUCUUGCCAAAGCAGUGGGGUCUGCCAUCUACUGCCUGCCACCUGCCUCUCGGCUGCAUGCCCACUGGCCACACCUGCCCAAGGACAAAGUCUUGCGCUGUCUGCUCCCCCUCGCCUGGCCCCUCGAUCUCCUCCCUUGGCCAGUCUGAGGCUGCCUGAGGAAGGAAGGACCCGCUUCCUGUUGUUGGUGCUAACUCCUUUGUAAUUCUAGCCCCCUGUGGCCUGUCCAUGACCUGGCCUCCUGUUACAGGUCUGUGGAGAAGCCCCCCCUGGCUUAAAGCCUGGGGAGGGGAUGGAGGACUGGAUAGCCAGGCACCGCUCAGGGGCCAAGGACAAGGCUGAUUAGCAGUCCCUCACCUCCUCCCUCAGGGCGAGGAGCAAGUUUCCACUGCCCCCUUCCAUCCAGUCUGUGACCUGAAGGGAAUUAAAACAGCACCAACAGGGCACCCGCUACACACAGCUGUUCGUAUGGGGGUGGAAGUCAGGCUGUUGCCGACAGACGGAGGGCCGGGCCUGACUGGGGAGAUGGAUGGUGAGGGGCCUCGGGGUGCGUGCACGUGUGGGAUGUGUAGAGAUGUGUGUGGGGUGUCUGCCCUUAUCCUCCCAGAGGCGGCCUCGCUCUGGACCUGGAGCUUGUCUGAGGCUGCGGGGUUGUAGCGCCCCCUGCCGGCAGGCUCCUCCAGGGCCCUGGAGCUGUUUACGUGAGAGAGGCCCCUGUCCUCUGCCAGGCUGGCCUGGCUGUCCAGCCACCUGCCGCCUGACUGCCCCCAGAAAUGUGUCUGAGACUUCCUGGGAGUGCACAGCAGGGCGGGUUGAUUUUUAGGUCUAUACUUUUGGGUCUUUUAAGUUUUACCAGACUCCUUUUUAUAAAGCAAUAAAUCCAUUUUCCUCCUGGGAAGGGAUGCCCCUGCUAGCAUUUCAGUUAAUGGCUACACGUGCCUGUUUUGAGCUUGAGAAGAAAAGGCAAGACAAGAUUUUUCUGCCACUGACCAGCCCCAGUCAUACCCAGUCGCUCCCCAUCUCUCUGGGUGAUUGCCAUCUUGGGAGCUGCACUGGGCCAGAAGAAGACCUUACUCCCCGAGCUCGCCCCCAGACAAACUGGGCUUGUGCAGACAUUUUAGAAGUGGGGGCCACCCCUCCUCUGCUGUCUGUCCCAGCCAAACAGCGAAUCCUGACCCUUUCCAUCCCCUACUCAGAUUUCCUACUCCUGGCUCAACUGCCCUGAGGAUUCCUCCUGAGCUCAGGACAAAGGGUGACACCAAGAGAGUCUUGGGCUCCAAGAGACAGAGGCAGAAUGCGGUGAGGGGAACUGGUGGAGAACAGGAAGGGACAGACCCAGGCCCAAAUUUGAGCUCUGCAUGAACAGUUGAGCACCUUGAACACACCUCAUUUCCCCAGGCUUCAGUCCAGCCCACUCAAACAUUAAAAAGCAAAAAACGUUUGUUUAAAACAAACAUUUUUAAAAAGGAGAGAGAACCUAGAUCGACAUUUCCCAAACCAUUCCUCAGAGCACUAGUUCCUAUAAGAUGUUAAUUAUUCUCACUUAAAAACAAAAACUUCCGCGGUCAAGGGCGCCUGGCUGGCUCAGUCAGUACAGCAUGUGACUCUUGAUCUUGGGGUUGUGAGUUCGAGCCCCACGUCGGGCAUAGAACUUACUUUAGAGAAAAGAAAGAAGAUGGUCAAAUCUGGGAAACGCGGGGUUAAAGUCAAGCGUGUUUUCUUAGAGCAGCAGGCACUUGCUGCACCCGGCCACCCUGUAGCGUGUUCCCGGUGGCGGGGGGACCGGAGGGCCCCAAGAGCAGGGGCGACGUGCUGCAGAGGGAGCACGGGUUUUAGCGGCCGCAGCCGGCCUCCACGCGAGGCCCAGUGGCCGCCUGCGGCAGGAACACCUCUGGCGCUUGUUAGAAAUGUGACCGCCAGCUGUUACCUCUGGCCUAGUCUACAUUCGGCUAAGCCCCGCCUGGCCAUCCUGUGCCCCCAAACGGUGGAGACCUCAUUCUGCUCUGACCGUAGGGAGUUGAUGGGUUACAUAUUUUCCUGUUAUCAUCCUUGCAUCAUGAUAACAACCGAGGAGUUAGACACCAUCCCUAUUUUAUAGCUGGAAAACUCGAGGCCCAGAGGGUACGGUCACUUGCUCAAGAUUAGAGCUGGUACUCAGAGGCUUCGGAAGUCAUCACAGAAUCCAAAGCCCUCCAGACCAGGACAUUCCAUUCAGAGCUCCAGCCCCAGGGCCCACCUGGCCCUCGGGAGCAGGGCCAGCAACAGCCCCAGGGAAGGGAAGCAAAAAGCCAGGCAUGGUCUCCAUUUCCUCGAGCCAAGAGCUUCCUUGGAGCAGGGGUUGAGCUCUACUUCAUAGAGUCGUGUUGGCUGAUGGG